AUGGAUCAAAAACAGUGGAAUUGGGAGAAAAAGUCAAGAGAGAAGUCAAUUUUGGAAACCGACAAGACAAAUCUUACUUCAAAAGAAAAUCAUGAGGUGUUGGAACUUUUGGAUGAUAAAGAAAAAUUGGAGAAAGAGUUAAAAAGAUUGAAUGAUAAACUUGUUUUAGCACUUUCUGAAUGUAAUACUAAAGAUGAACAUAUGAAGAAACAAACAAAAAUUGUUCAAGAAGCAGUGUUAGUUUCUUUUGAAGGAUGGGAGAAAGCGGAAGCUGAAUUGUUAUCGAUGAAGGAACAUCUCGAGGAAUCUAUACACCAGGAAUUACUUUAUGAAGAAAGAGUGGCGAAUUUGGAUUGUGCUCUUAAGGAAUGUAUGCAGCAGUUAAAUUUCGUUAGAGAUGAACAAGAGCAAAGGAUCUAUGAUGCUUUGAUGAAGGCUUCGAUAGAGUUUGAUCAAUCGCGCAUUGUUUUAGAGGAGCCACUAUCAGAGACUAGUAAAAGGCUUGCGAAAACUGUGAUUGAGAAUUCUUAUCUUAAUAAAUUUAUUAUUGUGAAAGAUAAUUUGAUUGAAGAUAUGGAAAGACAGUUGACUGAAGCUGAGGUGGAUCGUGAUGCGUUGAUGAUUCGAUUGGAGUCCGUUGAAAAAGAUAAUGCUUCUCUAAAGUAUGAGGCUCGGGUGCUUCAAAAGGAACUUGAUACUCGAAGUGAAGUCCAAUUUUCAAAAGUAAUGCUUUCGCGAACAGCUUCUAAAGGUCAAGUAGCAUUGGAGCAGCCUAGGAGUGAUCUUGCAUUGCAAGAAUUAUCUUCGACAUCGGUGUCUGAGAUUGGAAAUGAUGAUAAUGUCAGCUGCGCAGAGUCCUCGGCUUCUGCGUUGAUUUCAGAAUUGGAUCACUUUAAGAGUCCAAAACAGAAGGAGUCAUUGUCAUGCAAAAGUUUUGGACCUUCAGGUAUAAACCUUAUGGAUGAUUUCAUUGAAAUGGAAAAAUUAGCGGUGGUCUCGGUUGAAAAGAAAGAAGAUCAAUGUACAUUUGAUUCAGGCAAAGAUUCUUGUCAAUUCGAUGCGCGUAAUGCUGAGAAUCCUUCGAUAAAGAGAACUAGGACACAAUCUCAGAGAGAUCUGCAUAAAUCAAUAGGCAAAAUGAUUGAGCUUAUUGAAGGGAUCAACGUGCCUGCUGACGAUAGUAAUAAUCAUGAAGCAUCGACCGGCUACAUGGUCCGUCUUUUUCAGUGGAAAACAUCCGAUCUCAGCGAUGUCUUACAGAAAUUUCUCAAUGCUUGUUAUAGUUUACUGAAUGGUAAGGCUGAUCAUGAAAAUUUUGGCAUUGAACUAACUACAACCUUGGAAUGGAUUAUCAAUCAUUGCUUUUCAAUUCAUGAUGUUUCAAGUAUGGAGGAUGAAGUUAAAAAACAAUUUGAUUGGGAUCAGACUGGAACAACCACAGGUGCAGAAAAAUUGCUAGCAGAUACGAAUCGAUUUCAGGAAUUAGAGAAAACUAUUGCCAGCUUGAGAUUUGAGUUACAAAUCUCAAAGGAGUCCAAUAAAAGACUUGAAGAUCAAUUACGAGACGAAAGAUCCUUAAAUAGAGAUCACGACACUCAGCUUACAGAAACCGAACUAAAUGAGGCUUAUCACAAGAUUUUGGAAUUAGAAGUGGAACUAGAAAGCAAGAAUCACUAUUGUGAAGAAUUAGACGCAAAAUUUGUUGAACUUCAGCUUCAGCUUGAAAGCAUGAAAAGGACGCACUCGAAUGAUUACGUUAAUCAGAAAAACGAACCGUUGCGAACUGAAUGGGAGAUAACAGCAGCUUCAGAAAAGUUAGCAGAGUGUCAAGAAACCAUCCUUAUCCUUGAGAAGCAGUUGAAGGCAUUGGCUGCAAAAAAGGAUAUGUCCCUAUUCGACAACAUUAUCGCGGCUCAUCGUCGUCCUAUAAUCACAAACACAUCCAAUGUCAGUCUCCCCUUUAAAGACACGAAGAUGAAAAACCGGCCGUCUCUUUUGGAUCAAAUGCUUGCUGAUGAUGAUGCAAAAACCAAGGCUUGCAAAGCAAGUGAAAAAGGCUUUAUGCAGCCGCUUGAAAAGAUUGUAGUUUUGACGGGAGUUAGAGGUGACGAUGACGGUGUUAAUGUCAAUUCUUUGGCCAUUUUACCUGCGAAGAAAUCUGGACCACAAAGCUUCUGGAAAAGGAUGUUAGGGACAAGAAGAAAGCCGAAAAGAAAACAAGUGUAUCAGUUUGACAAGUGA